CGUGUAUUAAAUUAUUUCUCCACCUCUAUAAACUUACAUAUUUCUUGCAAAAUUUGUUGGUUUUUAUUAGAAAAAAAUCGCUCUGUAAAUUAAUUUAUUUAAUAGACAUGCAGUUGAUUAAGCUUUGAUUGCAAAGGUUGCUGGAUUGGUUGACAAGGACAAGCAAGAAAAUCAAGAGUAACAACUGGUUUCUGUACCAUUAAAAAGAACAUUGGCAAGGUGUCUGCAUACGAAAGCAUGGAUUUACAACAUAUGGAGAAUGGCCUCAGCGGAGGAGGCGGUGUGGCAGGAGGAGGAAGUGCUGGAGGAGGAGCAGGAGGUGUGGGCGGUGGCCUAAGUGAAUUUGAUUUUCAGCGAUUAGCACAAAUAAUCGCGACAAGCAUACAAAAAGUCCAACAAAAUGUCUCCACUAUGCAGCGAAUGGUCAAUCAGCUGAACACGCCACAGGACUCGCCCGAAUUGAAGAAGAAGCUUCAUCAGUUAAUGACCUAUACCAAGCAGCUGGUGACCGAUACAAACAAUCAGUUAAUGGAGGUGGACAAGUGCAAAGAGCGGCACCUUAAGAUACAGCGCGAUCGUCUGGUGGAUGAGUUCACAGCGGCAUUGACCGCCUUCCAGGCUAUUCAACGUAAAACAGCUGAUAUUGAAAGAAGUGCUUUACAUCAGGCGCGCGCCCAGAAUUUCAGUAUUUCACAUCCACCUGGCUCGACACGAACCAAUACCAAUGCCAGUAGCAAUGACAAUGGUUCCUUCUUUGAGGACAACUUCUUCAAUCGCAAAUCAAAUCAGCAGCAACAGCAGCAAAUACAAACUCAAAUGCAGGAAGAUGUUGACCUGCAAGCACUUGAGGAACAGGAGCGUGCCAUACGCGAGCUGGAGAACAACAUAGUGGGCGUCAAUGAAAUCUACAAAAAUCUAGGUGCUAUGGUUUACGAGCAAGGCUUAACAGUCGAUUCGAUCGAGUCUCAGGUGGAACAAACAAGCAUUUUCGUUUCACAAGGCACUGAAAAUUUGCGCAAGGCUAGCUCUUACCGGAACAAAGUGCGAAAGAAGAAGUUGAUAUUGGCUGCCAUCCUGACCGCUGUUCUGUUAGCCAUCGUUUUAAUAUUGGUGUUUCAGCUUAAGAACUAAAUCCAAUAUACUAAAGAGCAUCAAGAAAUUUAAAUAAAAACUAGUAAAUUGUUGUGAAAAGACAA